AAACUCAGCCUAAUCUAAUAAUUUAGCAGCAAAAAAUAACGAGAAGACCUUCGAUCCUCUUUUGGCUUUUAAAGUGUAAAAAGUUUUGGCUGACUGAUAAAGGAAAAAUGCUUUUUGAGAGACUGCUGUUAAAGAUAAAAACACCCUCAUGGUUCUCAGCACUUACUCUUUCAAGAGCAGUUGAUCAAAAAACAAGGGACACGAUGGCAGGGUUGACGGGCAACGAGAUGCCGACAGAAGUUAUUUCUUACAUAAUGGACUUCCUGCCCCUGGGAGACCGAAUCAGCGCCUCGAUGACCUGCAGACAGUGGUACGAGGCGAGCAAGAGUCGGCACCUGCACACCAACGAGGUGGUCUUCAUCCACAGCAGCAGGGCCAUCAAAGACCUCUGUCCGGAGGCAGUCAUCCACCCCGAGACCUUUGAGGUCGACCCCUUCUCCGAGCCUCCACCCUUUCAAAAUUUCUGCUUUCGAGAAGUCGAGGUGAAAACCACGGGUGAGAUGCGCCACUUUUGGCCUCGCUUUGGCCCCAACGUCCGCAGUUUGUCUCUGCAGAACUGUGAAAUCAGCGAGAAAGCCUUCAACGACAUCCUGUUCCUCUGUCCAAGGUUGCGGCACCUGCACAUCAGUGGCUGCAAUGAGCUCUACAUGUCCGGCAAGGUGCUCGAAGGCCAUGACAGUCUGCGAAUGGCGCACCUGACCGAACUUGAGCUGACCAACACCAGGUACAUCUCGGACAGCAUCUUCAACCGGUUCAUCUCAGUGGCCCCAAAUUUGCAGACCGUGGUCCUCCUCGGCUGCAACAUUACCUGCAGCUCGGCCGUCUAUGGACGCUUCUACCCUGAGUCAAAAAAACUUUUAAUGAACUCCUGUUUUGCAGACGGCCAGUUUCCUUUGGACGUUGCCACAAACGUCUUCACCUUCGAAAAUGUCCUGAACGUCCUUGCUGUCCGGAAAGUGACUAGUCUCGGACUGGGUGUCACUUCCCUUGCUUUCGAUAAUCUCAACGCGCUGUGCGAGAAAUUAGACUCGGUUCGCGUCAUGAAUCUGAGAAAUUGCUUUCAACUUGUCAAAGGGGUUGAAAUUAUUGCCAACUCGUUCAGUCAGAGCCUCCAAGACGUGGACAUGUCCGAGUGUUGCUUUGUUUCGAACGAAGACAUGAAACACCUUGGUCGACUGACACAACUCAGAAGGCUAAAUUUGAAUGGAUGCAAAAAUUUGGAGAACUCAACAGUCCUGGAGCUGAAAAAUCUCCAAAACCUGAACUAUCUUAAUGUGUCGAACAUUGAAAAAAUCACUGGACCUGCAAUACUAGAGGCUGUGACUGGAAUGAAGAAGCUGAAGCACCUCUUCCUGAACAGACUCGCUCUUUUAGACAGUGACAGUUUACUGAAAAUAUUGAAGCAAGCGCCUCCUUUAAUUACUUUGGAACUGGCGUGCUGCAUGGUCCCUUUAAUUGACGCUGCGGUGGCUGUAAUUUGCAACCAACAUACCACCAUCAAACGACUCAAUUUAUCAAAUUGUCCUUUUGUAUCUGAUGUUGGUCUUACUGGUCUCACUGAUGUACCUGAUUAUGAUUUUCCGGCAUACUCACCGACGAUGCUUGAUGCAUCUCAGGCAAGCGGAUUUUCUCUCGGCAGCAAAGCUGAGAGGCAGAUUGUCUUUGAAGCCAAACGAAAAAUGGAGAUUGCGGAACAAAUGACCCCAUUCAAGAAAAUGAUGCAACAGGAGGGGCAAAACAUUUUGGGAAUAAGCAAGCUUAAAUCCCUAUCUUCAUUGGAUUUGUCCAACUGCAGCCGGGUAACGGACCUUAGCAUAAGAAAUGUUUUCAAAUUUAACCAGCUGAAGUACCUUAAUUUGGAAAGGAAUUGUCAGAUUACGGACGCCAGUUUGCAACUCCUUGUCAUGUACUGUCCAAGUUUAGAGGAACUUAACAUUCAAGAGUGUGGCAAAGUGACCGAUCUGGGAAUAAACUACCUAAGUCAUCUUCACCGCUUGCGUGAAAUCAAUGUUACAGGGUGUGAUUUGUUGACAGACGCAAGUUUGGAAGCGUUGAUGAAGUCGAAGUCUCCUCUGAGAGCUGUGAGCCUACAGAGGUGCAGCAAGUUCACCGUCAACGCUGUGAACAUUUUCUGCAACUGGCUGAACCACUCAAUAAACUGGAGUGAGGAGUCUGAAAGGGAGCAUUCCUCAACUUGGUAUGUUCCUCCUCCGCCACCACCAAAUUUACCGUUCAACGGACAUUCCUCGUGCUAGAAGCAUUUGGAAUUGAGGAUUAAUGUGAUGGCCUUUUACUUUGCAUCAGUAUCAAGCAAAUUAUUUAAGCAUUAUUACAACAAUUUAAGUUGAUAAAAGUUAUGUACAAUUCUUAAAACCUAA